AUGUCAACGACUACAACAACUACAGUAACACCAAAAACACCGUGGCAGGUGAUUGCAGCAGAAAAGAGAGAAUCAGCGUCGAGUCUGAUUCCUCAGGAAUGGCGUCUGUCCGAGGCAGACAUCCUGAGGCACAGAGAAGGCGGCAAGCCUUUGCUCGAUGUACCAGCGACGUGUGGAGUGCUCACCGAGAGUGAAAUAGCCAUCACGCAGAAUUACGAUGCCACCGCGCUGCUGAGAUUGCUGGCCCAAGGUGACUUGACGGCGGUAGAAGUCACUACAGCCUUCUGCAAGAGAGCAGCCACCGCUCACCAGCUAACAAACUGCCUCACCGAGAUCAUGUUUCAACAAGCCAUCCAACGAGCAAACUACUUGGACGAGUACUACAAGCGAGAGGGAAAAACAUGCGAAUUACUUCAUGGUUUGCCCAUCAGCGUGAAGGAUUCCUUCCACGUCGAAGGCGUUGAAUCGACUCUGGGAUAUGUCUCUUUCAUCGGCCGAACCAAAGCGACUAGAAAUGCCCCUUUGGUUGGCAUCCUGCUUGAGCUGGGUGCCGCCAUCUACGUCAAGACCAACGUUCCACAGACUCUGAUGACAGGAGACUCGGAUAACAACGUGUUCGGCCGUGUGUUGAACCCGCACAACGUCGACCUAAACGCUGGAGGCAGCAGCGGAGGGGAAGGUGCGUUAAUCGCUCUUCGCGGCUCACUUUUGGGGGUGGGCACCGACAUUGGCGGCUCGAUUCGCAUUCCAGCAUUGUGUUGUGGCUUGUACGGAUUCAAGCCCACGGGGAAUCGAGUGCUGUACGGCGGGCAACAGAGUCCUGGACGAGCGGGAUCACCAGGCUUCAAAGCCUGUGCAGGGCCUUUGGCCACGUCGUUUCGAGAUCUGACGCUGUUCAUGUCGGCCGUGCUGUCUAGGUCCCCGUGGAAUCGCGACUCCUGUCAAGCGAGAUAUAAAAUCGGCGUGCUCGUCGAGGACCCAAAGUACCCCGUCCACCCACCGGUAAGACGGGCAUUAUCGGCCGCCGUGGACACUCUGACAAAGACUCCUCAUCAAUUUGAGCUCGUCUUUCUCGACUCGGCCCCCAAGGCUGGUGAGGCUCUGGACAUUGCCUCGGAUUUCUUCUCGCUCGACAACUCAAAGACGUUGCUGAAGAACAUCACGGCCAGCGGAGAGCCCAUGGUGCCAUCCGUACGCAAGACCUUGGGCCUCACGGACAAGAAACCUCAGGGCUACACGAUGGAAGAGUUGUUCGACCUGAAUUGUGCCCGGGCAGACCUCAUUGAGCGAUGGAACGAGGUUUGGGUCAACAAUCGCUUGGAUCUGAUCCUCGGGCCAUCCUCCCAGACAACGGCUGCGCUGCAUGAUAGUUGGGGCACUUCUCCAUACACGACACUUUGGAACUGUCUUGAUUACCCCUCGGUUGUCAUCCCUUACUUGAAAGCGGACAAAUCAAUUGAUAUGGAUAGUCUUGCAGUCUCUGACGACGAACAUCCAUACAGCGCCCAAGUCAGUCACGGGGCCCCGAUUUCCAUUCAGCUAUCGGCUAGGCCAUUGCAUGAUGAAAGCUUGCUCCAGGCUGCCGAAGCCGUUGACCAUUGCUUGAAAGGCUUUCAGCAAGCUCACUAA